AUGAGCCAUGCUAUCGUAAAGAGAAAACAACUGGAAACUCGCAUUUGUAAUCACCAUCGGAUCUAUUGUUCAGCUUUCAUUAUUUUGUUGAUAGGUAUAAUUCUUAAAGUUUUACCACUCCAUAAUUGUUUCACACUUUUGAUGCUCUCAAGAAGUUGUUCAAGGAUUUUAUCUUUAAACUUAUCAAAGCAAUUUUACAGAACAAUGAAUAGCACCGGUAAAUGGAAUCCGAGUUUGACUUCAGAACAGCUAAGAGUACUACGUGAUAAGGGUACGGAGAGACCAAACACAGGAAAUUACUUGCACAACAAACAAACAGGGAUUUACUCAUGUGCAAAUUGCGAUUUGCCUAUUUAUAAGAGUGAGACGAAGUUCGACUCAGGCUGCGGAUGGCCUGCGUUUUAUGAUGCUAUACCGGGAUCUUUAACUUUUACUCGCGAUGAAUCGUUUGGGAUGGUUCGUAUAGAAAUAUGCUGCAGUAGAUGCGGUGGUCAUAUGGGGCAUGUGUUCGAAGGGGAGGGAUGGCAGAAAAUCUUGAAUUUGCCAACUGACCAAAGACAUUGUGUCAACAGUUGCAGUUUGAACUUCAAGGAAGGUUAG